AUGAAAAGCCAAUGCAGAAAUCCUCAACCUCGUCCCCAGGGCGCUUUUCCCUGGCUUUGGAGGUAUCAUAAUGGCGCUCCACCUCCAAAGCCAGGGAAAAGCGCGGCCCUGUGGACGAGGUUGGGAAAUCCUUUAUUCUGUAGUCUUAGUUUCUCUAACCGUAUAAAACCUGUUAAUAUUUAUUGAGCGUAAACUUAUUUGUCAAGUCAAAAUUGUAUUUAGCCUUCAAGCUAUAUAAUCAACCUGUAAGAAGCAUUUAUCCACCGGUGUAGUUUUUGGAAGUAAUUCAUCAGGGGCACCUAACGUCAAUUUUCGAAAAGUAUCUGUUCGGAAGACGAUUUGAGAUCUAGAAUUUUCGGAACAUUUUUUGUAAAAUUUCUUGCUUGCCUACCUCUCCUAGGAUUUUCGAACAUCUAUAAAUUGGUAUAAUUGCCCAUUUUUAACGUUUCACCUAGAAUUUUCGGGAACCUUUUUUCUGGCUGAAAUUUUCGAAAAGGUAAGUUUUGAUCAUAUAAUUUUCGGAUCUCUAGACUUUCAGCUAGGAAAUCCGAACAGAUGAAAAAUUUUUAGGGGAUAAAAAUAUGCCUAUAUCUACUAAAUAAAUACUAAAAUACGUUUAACAAUGCUAUGUUUAAGUGGUUUUGAACUGUAUGCUCGUUGGGUGCCCCUGGUCAUGGGCAAGAGUUUCAUUCUGGUUAAGGUAACGUUUUUUUUAGUUUGUUUGCGUUCUCCUCUGGCCUGUUGAAUGACUGUUUGGUAGAACGUUUUCUUCCAGCUCCGCCCACCUUAGAACUAAUGACACCAGGGACGUGGAUCAGCACGGAGGGUUACAGGCCUUUCAAGUGUGAAUCAUUUACAAAAACGGUA